AUGAAAAUUUGGUUGCUCUUGGUGGCCGCCAUCUCGGCUCUCGCUAUUAAGGAUCCUCCUGAAUCCAAUCGUCUACUUUUGGGUGGUGACAAAUAUCUAGCAGAUGCGCUCCAUCGCACUUCUACAGCCGCCUCGCUCCGUCGCCGAUUCAAUCGGAAUGCAGGAGGAGGCGAUCUGGCAACCCAUGUUAAUUAUCUCCAAAUGAUGGCUCGUAUUACCAGUGGAAUCCAUAUUCUGAAAAGUGGAAUGGAAUGA